UUUAUUGGCGUUUGCCCUUUCUGUCUCCACGAACGACUCUCUUCCCUUUGCCCUGACUGUGCUACCGAUAUACCAUGCUCCUGUAGCUCACGCGCCGACGUGUGUUUCUCUCCGUCGUCUUCUUCGUCUUCCUCUUCGUUCACCCUCUUUGCCGGAGACAUUACUUUUAGUUUCCCUGGGAGCGGGUCCGUAGGUCGAGUCGCGAGUUUGAUCGAAUGCGAACCGGCGUUUCGGAGAUCAAAAUCGAUGGCGGUUCCGAUUAAACCGGAUACAGUUGACGAUUCCGGGUCGGGUAUUGAACCGGCUCGUGGGCUGAGUAAGAAAACGGUGUCGUUUUGGAGGAUGUUAAUGGGAAACAGAGGAGGAGAUACGAAGCCGGCGAUCAUGAGGAAGUCGAGAUCUGUUGCGGUCGUGGGAGAUAUGAAAUACCCUCCGGCGACGGGAAAAGGGAAGGGGUGGAGUUUUCCGAGCCCGAGUAAG